UUAAUGUGCGUUGGGGAGGCACGUGAGACGCCGUGACGCGGUCACUGACUGCACUGAUCAAAACAAGACUAGCUUACCUAGCAUUGUCAGAAUAGGUACCAUAAUUUGGGUGUAACUGUUGCUAAACUAUGGCCCUUGGUGGUAUUUGCUCAAUUGUUCUAAAGUAGUGUGCGUAGUUUGCUUGCUCUGCCAAUGAAGCAUAACCUUGUCCUAUCAGCUGUCUCUGUUUUCUGAAAAACCCCCAAAGAAGAAUACUUUACAGCGCUCCUUUUUUUACACAACGUUUAGUCAGUGCGUGUAUUCCUGGUGCUGUUAAUGUAUUGUUGAACCACUGAAUUAAAAAAUGUAUUUCCUAUACAGAACAAAAAUAUAAAUGCCAUGUUUUAUGAGCUGAAAUAAAAUAGCCUUGACAUUUUCCAUAUCCCGAAAAAGCUUACUUCUCUAAAAUGUGCACAAAUUAGUUUACAUCCCUGUUCGUGAGCAUUUCUCCUUUGCCAAGAUAAUACAUCCACCUGGCAGGUGUGGCAUAUCAAUAAGAUGAUCAUUACACAGGUUCAGCUUGUACUGGGGACAAUAAGAACACUCUAAAAUGUGCAGUUUUGUCACACAAGACAAUGCCACAGAUGUCUCAAAUUGAGGAAGAGUGCAAUUGGCAUGCUGACUAGAACGUCCACCAGAACUCUUGUCAGAGAAUUUAAUGUUCACUUCUCUACCAUAAGCCGCCUCCAAUGUAAUUUUAGAGCAAUUUUGCACAGCCAUUGAAGAGUCGGACAACAUUCCACAGGCCAAAAUCAACCGCCUGAUCAACUCUGUGAAGUAGAUGUGUCGUGCUGCAUGAGGGAAAAUGGUGGUCACACCAAAUACUGACUGGUUUUCUGAUUCACGCCUCUACCUUUAAAAAAAAGGUGAUUCAGAAUGGGGGAAAAGCCGAUUUGGGAACAGAUAGGAUCCAGUUUUGUGCAACAUUACUACCAGCUCUUUGACACAGACAGGACCCAGCUUGGAGCAAUAUAUAUCGAUGCAUCAUGCCUUACAUGGGAGGGACAGCAAUUCCAGGGAAAAGUAGCGAUUGUCGAGAAACUUUCUACUCUCCCCUUCUUAAAAAUAGCUCACAGUAUAACAGCACAAGACCACCAGCCCACACCUGACAGCUGUAUAAUGAGUAUGGUAGUAGGACAAUUAAAAGCUGAUGAGGACCCCAUCAUGGGAUUUCAUCAGAGUUUCAUCCUGAAGAACAUUAAUGAUGCCUGGGUAUGCACCAAUGACAUGUUCCGGCUCGCGCUGCACAAUUUCGGCUAAGGACACCAGAGGUGGGCAGAGUGGAUAUAAGGGAAGGCUGAGGAAGGUCUUGCAGAGACACCUAAACGCCCAACCUUCUCUUUGUAUCAUCCAUACCUGUUUGAGAAAUUACACCGGAUUCCAGAUGUCAAUCACAGAGACAUGCAGGCACAUAGGCUACAUGCCUUCAACUGAAAUGAGAUCUGUUCCUUUGCUGAGAGUUCACAGAUCCAUCAGAGUCCCUUUCCCUACGCUGACCUGCAUGAUGCUGGGGAGCUUAAAUAUCUGAAGAUGGCAGACAAGGAAGAAAAUGUACCAAUUUACCUUCACCAUUUUAGUUUUAUGUUCGAACUCAAUGUCUUAUAUCCUCAUGUUUUCUCAUCGUACUCCCCUGUGUGUUAUCAGCUUGCCUUAUUGUAUACAACUAAAUCUCUUUUUAAGUUUAAUUUAACAUUCAUUGUUAUGUCAGGUUGCUCUAGCGAUCCAAAUAAUCAUAGAAAAUAUUAUCAAUAACAUCCUUCCCUUAGACCAGCAAGCUUCCCAUUUCCUCCUCAUGCUCUCUGUGACAAUGAAUACAAAAGCCAUGAUACACAAUAAACCGUUUACUUUUUCUUAAUGUGAGCUCAUUGUUCCUCUGCCUUUCUUACCCAUUUCUCUCCCUCCACUUACCUUGUCACUCUUAUUUUAAUUGUUCUUAGCAUUAUAUUGUAAACAAUUUAGGUUCUAGUCAGUAGUUCUAUAGCACAUUGUUGUAUAUGAUCUGCUAUAGCAUGUAUUUUCUUGAGCAAGAUUCAGCCUAUAUAUAUAUAUAUAUAUGGACAUAGGGUUCCCUCAAUUUUUCCCCCAAAAUAAUUGUCCUUUGGCCGAUGAGUUGAAGUAUGCAUGUGGAAAUUGGGAUCACUUUGUGCCAUCAAUGUACUGUAGCAUUGACCUGACAUUUUUGGAGAGGCUUUGCAAGUGUUCUUUUGCAAGACGAGGAACAGGCAAAUGUCAAACUGCCUUAUUUAUUUAAAAAAUAAAAAAUAAAAAAAAUACAAUAUCAUGGCAUCUCUUUUCCACAUGGAACAGAAUGUACGGACUGCACAUUUUAAUUCCAUACAUUGUUUUGGAAAAUAAAUAAACAGUUCUUGCCUGUUGUGUGACAAGGAAAUCCCCAAGACUUUUCCUGCAGGAAAAGUAAAGUGGCAGUGGGGGCCACUUCUCUCAUACGAUCAUAUUUUUACAAUUAAAUUUGUCUAGCAAUGGAGUUUAUUUUUUUCUAUUUAGAUUUGAUUUACAGUUUAUAAUUAUUGUUUGCUGUCAAUCAAUGACUGGCAUAACUAAUGCUUUUCCUCCCUCAUCAACCAGUGUGUUGGCUACUGGUUUUGUUUUCCCUGAUGGUACACUGGUUCAAUUAAGAAGAUCAAAGGCAUCUCUUCAAGGUCUGCUAUCAUUCACAGAUGUACAAGGUAUUCUAUUCUUCUGGCAGAUAGAAAUAAAAGACGUAUGAAAAGUA